ACGGAGACCCGUGUAGCUUGCAUAGUGUGGGAUGAUGUGAGGUGGGGGACUGCAAUCUCCAAACGAAUACCAUUGCCAAGCUCAACCUACCGAAGUAGCGAUAGCUGUAUAUCAAUAUUGCAGCGAUCAUUCAAUCAGAGGUAUCACUAUGGGGAACUGCUACACAGUAGGACCAAAUGAAGCGUUGGUGGUAUCAGGUGGCUGCUGUGGCUCAGACUCCAAGACGUACACGGUUGGGGGCUGGGCCUGGGCGUGGUGGCUGGUCACAGACAUACAGAGGAUAACCCUUGAGAUUAUGACCCUGCAGCCCAAGUGUGAGGAUGUAGAGACAGCCGAGGGCGUAGCUAUAACUGUCACUGGAGUGGCACAGGUCAAGGUCACGUCUGAUCACGAGUUGCAGGUGUAUGCUUGCGAGCAGUUUCUGGGCAAAUCGGUGGAUGAGAUCCGAAGUGUCAUCUUACAGACACUGGAGGGUCACCUGCGAUCCAUUUUGGGCACACUGACAGUGGAGCAGAUCUAUCAGGACCGAGAUCAGUUUGCCAAGCUGGUGCGCGAGGUGGCAGCCCCAGACGUUGGCCGCAUGGGCAUCGAGAUCCUCAGCUUCACCAUAAAGGAUGUGUAUGAUAAAGUGGAGUACCUGAGCUCAUUGGGAAAGACCCAGACGGCUGCUGUGCAGAGAGAUGCCGAUAUCGGAGUGGCGGAGGCAGAGAGAGACGCAGGGAUCAGGGAAGCUGAAUGUAAGAAGGAGAUGAUGGAUGUGAAGUUCCAAGCAGACACACUGAUGGCCGACUCGAAACGAGAACUGGAGAUGCAGAAAGCUUCUUUCAAUCAAGAAGUUAACACGAAGAAAGCUGAAGCUCAGUUGGCCUAUGAGCUGCAGGCUGCAAAGGAGCAGCAGAAGAUCCGAUUGGAGGAGAUCGAGAUCGAGGUGGUCCAGAGGAAGAAGCAGAUCACCAUCGAGGAGAAAGAGAUCGACAGGACAGACAAGGAGCUCAUCGCCACGGUGAAGCGGCCGGCCGAGGCUGAAGCCUACCGGAUGCAGCAGGUGGCUGAGGGACAGAAGGUUAAGAAGGUGCUGACUGCCCAGGCCGAGGCUGAGAAGAUCAGGUGCAUUGGUGAGGCAGAGGCCGCCUCUAUCGAGGCUGUGGGCAAGGCCGAGGCAGAGAAGAUGAGGCUCAAAGCAGAAGCUUACCAGCAGUACGGAGAGGCAGCUAAGACCGCCCUGGUCUUGGAGGCCCUGCCCAAGAUCGCUGGUAAAGUGGCAGCGCCGCUGGCCAGGACCAAUGAGAUCGUGAUCCUGAGUGGCGACGGGAACCGCAUGACUGGCGAGCUCAACCGCCUGCUGGCAGAGCUGCCCGUGUCUGUGAACGCACUCACCGGAGUGGACCUGACCAAGCUUCCACUCCUACAGAAGAUGACGAGUGCACAGGCAUAGACACGCCCACUGCGUGCACUCACUCACCCCCCUGCCUUCUCCCGGAGACAUGCAAAACUUACAGCUCUCUGCUACCAGAAGAAAAACAAGUUGAAAUUACCUACACCUCAGCAGCCUUAUUAUAAUCAUCAUCCGCAUGAAUUUGUUUUGGGUUUUUUUUUUUUUUUUUUAAGUAUCGAAAAUGUACAGACACACAAGACGGCGCCGCAUGGAAAGCAGCUCACACUUAGCUGCACUUGCAAGCCUGUAGCUAGUUCACAUUCAGUGGGAUAUCGGUUGCUUCUUGUUGUUCAUCGUCUUCACCCAGGUGGCUUCACGGCCGAGCCGCUGCUCAUGAUCUGGAAAGGAAGUUUAAUUGAUUAUCACGUCUGUCUUCACGUUCAGCUCACAUGUUGAUAGACACCGACAAAUUUGAGUGCAUGUGCGGAACAUCUCUUCUCUUGACACGAUUGUGUUGUCCAAGUGAUAGUUUGAUGAGAAGUGUUUACUUACCAACAUCUUGUAAUGAAGAUGCUGCCAAACAGCAGAGGUCAAUUAUUUUUCUUUUGUUUUUAAGUGUUUUGUUUUUUUAAUAUAGCUAGAAUUUAGUUUAGUUUUAAAGAUCCCAUAUCUACCUGACUCUGGUUCUUACAGCUUUUGUGUAUGUCUAUAUUCUGUGACUGUACUGUUAGACCGUGAUGCUGCAGAGAAAAAGAAGUUGUAUUAAAAAAAUGUAUGUACAAUCUAUUUACAACGCAUCACUUACACACACACACACACACACACACACACACACACACAGAAGCGCACUAACACAUGUAUGUCAGUCUAUAAAUGUUAGUUAGGCCUUCUGUAGAGGUCAUAACGCACAUUGUAAUGUGUUUGUCUCCAUACUGUUUAUAAUUUGUUACUGAUCCUCUCACCUUUUUUUAUAUACUUCAAACAUCCUGGUAAAAGUUUUUAACAUUUGUUGUUUUGCAGUCUUUCACAAUAUAUCCCAUAUUUACCAUAAAAAUAUGCAUUUAACGAUUUCUGCUUUUGUUUAUCUGUGAGCUGCCUGCUUGUAGUCGAGAAUCCAUCCUUUUGUUCAAAUGUAAUUUUGUACGUACAACAGGUUUUUUUUUUUUUCUUUCAUCUAUGUUUUAAUUUUUUUUAGAUAUAUAUAUAUACUGGGAAUGACAAACCACUGAUGUUGCCUUGGUAAUUUGUGAAAACAUUGUGACCUCAGGUCUGAGAUGUUCAUUAAAAACUAAAGUAAUUUUACUUUUACAAAAAUGUUUUGCUGUUUUGUAAUUAUGCUGAUCAUCAGGAAUGUGUUCUCUCUGUAGAACAUGUUGCCAAACAAAAAAAAAACUCACUUGCUGUUCUUUCUCACUGUAGAUAGAAUACAUUACCAUCAGGCGCCACCCUGGAGGGCAAGUCCAAGUAUAUUUUGUUUAUUGACAUAUCUGGGUAAAUUAAGUCAGAUUAGCUGGUAAUUCUAACAGAAGAGUCCUGUGUUUUACCACUUACUCUGUGCUAAAUUGUCCCACAGUUAGUCACUGAAUCCUGUACCUGGAAUACCUUCCAGGUAAUGUCUCAUCAAUGUUGGCAAGUGCUACAGCUGUCUGUAAUUGCCGUAAUGUUAGUUGAUUUGAGUAGCACUAUCACUAAUGUUGACUAAAUCCACUCACAAGUGCCCUCCAACAGGCAUCCCUCCAGAAAACAAUGAUCUUUGCUAAAUUGAGCUUUCUUUUUUAUCCUACCUACUGGUGUCUACCUCUGAGACAAAUUGUUAGCUGCGGAGUAAGUGAUUGGUUUGAGACAUCCUUAGUGCCUAUCAGUUCCAGUAGCACACUCAAGAGUGUUAACAGAGUAAGCUUUAGUGUACUCCAGAUCACCUCCACUGUACACUAACUAGCCAUAUUGGAACGAACUGUUGCUUUAAAGGAUGAUUGAUUUAUUUUUAUUUUUUUUACAGUUUACAGGACUAACCAUGAUUUAUGAAGAUACAAGGUUGUAGUAAACAAUCUGUCUUUGCCUUUAACUUUAUCUAUAACUUUGUAAAGUUCUAUAAGGAUUAAGAUAAGCCUAUUUCUUCCUGUAUUAUUCGAAAUGUGUAUUUGUUCUAGAUAUGUCCUGUAUUGACUUGUAAACGCAGUUGCACUGAUUUUUAUCACAGAAUCAGAUGUAAUCAUUAUGCUUUUACGUAUUGAAAACACUGGAGCAUUUAUGUGAUCAUAUAACCUGUAUUCAAAGUUGUUUAUAAAUACUGAUAAAAAAUUGCAUGAGAUAUGA